AAUUUGGGAGUGUUUUGAAGAAUUGAACGAGAAAUACAAAGCGCUGUUUCCUGUUUAUUAUUUGUUUUAUAUCCAUCAAACUUGUUUAUUUAUAUACAUUGCUCUGUUUGUGCAGACUGAUGUAAUAUUUCGCUUGAUUAUGGCGAUAUUCGGAGUAAUGUCUCUAAUUGGAUCAUUAACGGUGUCGUGGGCAUUGUCAUAUUUUACUUCAAUUAUCUAUGACAAUUUUAUCAUCAUCGGAAAGUAUAAUUCCAGCUUAUUCACACCGGAAUACAGAUAUAAAAUUAUUUGUUUAAUAAAGAGAUUCGGAGGAAGACCUUUUGGUUUAUCGAUGUGGGGAUUUUUCUACAUUAAGAGAAAUUUCCUGCUCAGGAUGAUAAUUGGACUGUACUCUGUUUUCUCUUCUAUCAUUCAAAUAACUGGAGUUCUUGAUAAGAAGAGAUGCCAAACGAAAACUUCUGGACAUUUUACAUUUAAAAACGACACGCUUUCUUUACUAUUUUAA